AUGGCGGCGACGGUGCCGCCAACAAUCAAUGAAUCGGGCAAACUCGACCCGCCUGUGGAGACGGCCGAUAGUGACCUUGACGCCGAGGGAGAAGAAGAAACCGACUUGUACGAGAUGGACCAACAGCUACAAGAUGCUGUUCACCGAGCUUACACCGGAGAAGCCGACGAGGACGGCCCAGACGAAACUACCGGGCGAAAAAACACGCGCGCCCACGCGCUGACCGAAGAAGAUGAUGGUGACAAUGACGAAGCUGAACCUGUUGGAGCUGUCAAACUUCCUGGCGAUGAUGUGGUUUCCGAAGAAGACUAUGCGGAGUCUGAAACAGCCGACGCGGAUGGCGACCCUGUAUUUGAGGAAAAUGACCGCGACGCCUCAGAAGCCGAGUCAACUGAUCACGAGUCAGAAGCUGAAGAUUGGGAAGCAGAGAGCAAUGAUCGCGAGGACGUUGAGAUCGAUACCCGGAGCCGCGCGAACUGCUUAUUCUGCGACCAGGACGAGGAGCAUGACCCAGGGGAAGAUUUUGAGGAAUGGCUCACCUGCCUAGUUUGUGGCGAUCAUUCUCAUCGGCAAUGUGCUCGUGAACAAGAGGCAUUUGACGACUCUGAAGGUACGCAAACACAUCACCACAAUAACCAACUCCUAACUCGCGUCUUCCGUGAGUCCCACCCACUGACAUCGCAACAUCUAGGCCCUUGGAGAUGUCUUAGCUGUGUCCGUAACAACCUACAACCUGAUCCAUUAGAACCCGUGACAGAAACCAAGGCCGGGACUUCCACUCUUCCCAGAGAACUUCUACCUGCACAUAGUGGCUCGCACGACGAAGGAUUUCAUUCCAUUUUUGAAACAGGCGUCAACGACGAGAUGCUGAAUAGCUCACGCGCUCUACGAAAGCGCAAGGCCUCCUCCAUUGAGGGGGAAGAACACGUACCCGUUCUCCGAAAAAGACUCCGACAAACCUCCUUCCACUCUCACCAACCAGACUUGAAUGACUCGAUCUUCGAAGGCGGAGAAGCAACUACUGUUGGCGACGUUGACUCACCUGCCCGCACACGUUCUGUGCGUGUUCGACGCACCCGUACUGUUGACCGAGACCUUUGUCGCGUGGUUGUCAAACAGUAUGGGAAACUUAUUCUUGGGUUCCGGCUCGACGAGACCAAAAUGUCAAAAAUCACCGGCUCCCAAAUUCGAUCACAGCGCAAGAAGAAGAAAGCACCAAAGCCUCCUCCCGUGCCUCAGGAGCCCCAAGCACAUUUCGUCCCCCUCCCGCCUGUAUCCUACAACUCCAUCACAUUGUUCGACCGUGAGACAGAUGACGCUAAAUCCAAACCUUAUGGAGGCAUUCUGUCUGAAGUCGAGCAAGAUACAUCUAAGACACUUCCUACCCAGUUUGACCGCGACCGAUUUGAACAGGCUCGCCUCAAAGCCGAAGAAGAAUGGCAACAGAAGGUCAGAGAUUCAGAGCUCAGCGGUGAAGCUACUGCGCACGCGUCACAAAAGGUCUCUGGUCCACCCUCGAAGAUCAAAUCAAUUAACUUUGGUGGCUACGAAAUCGAGACCUGGUAUGCGGCGCCCUAUCCGGAGGAAUACAGCCGCAACCGUGUUCUCUACAUCUGCGAGUUCUGCCUCAAAUAUAUGAACUCUGACUAUGUUGCCUGGCGUCACAAACUCAAGUGCCCCGCAAAGCAUCCUCCCGGCGACGAAAUCUACCGAGAUAAAUCGAUCUCAAUCUUCGAGGUUGAUGGUCGGAAAAACCCAGUUUACUGCCAAAAUCUCUGCCUCCUUGCGAAACUUUUCCUAGGCUCUAAAACUCUUUACUACGAUGUUGAGCCAUUCCUCUUUUAUGUCAUGACCGAAUAUGACGAUCUGGGCUGCCACUUUGUCGGAUAUUUCAGCAAAGAAAAACGUCCGAGCUCAGCGAACAAUGUCUCCUGUAUUCUUACUCUUCCCAUUCAUCAGCGAAAAGGCUAUGGAAAUCUUCUGAUCGACUUUUCAUACCUCCUCACCCGCAUCGAAGGCAAAAACGGUUCGCCGGAGAAGCCACUCUCUGACAUGGGUCUCGUGUCGUAUCGAAAUUACUGGCGAUUGAUCUUGUCUUACCAACUUCGCGAUCUGACCAGGCCUGUUAGCAUUGCAGAUCUGUCUGACCGCACCGGAAUGACAGCAGACGAUGUUGUAUCUGCGCUCGAGGGACUUCGGGCUCUCGUUCGGGACCCUAUUACCAAAACCUACGCCAUUCGUCUCGACCACAAGUACUACGAGGAGGUGAUCAGUGGCUGGGAGAGCAAGGGCUACGUCCAGCUCAACCCGGAUGCACUUCUUUGGACACCGUACAUUAUGGGUCGCAGCAACCAGUCACAUUUCGAUCGUGCCCCCUUACACACUGUCGCUCAACGAGAAGACCCGGAUGAGGAAGACGAUGAAUUGGAGGCAAAGGCAGCUUCAGACGAAAGCGAUGCUUUGAUGGUGAAUGGAAUGGAUGCAGAUGCUCUUGCAGAUUCUGCUGGACCGCCUUCCACUGCCGCUUUGCGACCCAAUGGCGGUCAAAAUUCUACAGCGAGCAACUCGGAGCCUCCCAUUGUCCCCAAUCCUGCAGCUGGGAUCCCCCCCUCUCGGUUUGAACUAUGGCCGCCUGUACCCCCCGCAGCACCCCCCAAGCGAAGGCCCGGCCGUCCAUCCGGCAGCACCAAACUCAAUCAAAUGUUAAUGACCCCGACAGCUGCCCGUAAUAACGGUCGCGGCACCCCGCGCCGACCUUCUAACCUGGCAAUGCUUACACCUGGGGGAAGUGUUCGUCGUGGGCGCAGUUCUAUUCUCACGGAAUCUCCCGCAGCCGAGGCAACACCUACCCAAUCCAAUGGCAUCGAACUGGAACAAAGCGAAGGUGUCGAAGAUACAGAGGCCAUCCCUCCAGUUCUAAAUGAAGCUGGGGAUGUGGACAACAACGAGCCGGUGGCUGUCAACGGAGACGUUGCCCCCGAAGAACCAGUUCGAAUCAAUGGCAUUGAUACUGCCGAGCCCGAGCACGAAGCCUCCGGAAAGAAUGAACCUCCAAAGACUCCCGUGAAAAAAAUCAAGUCGGCCUCGCGGUCCCCGGAUACAGCACUAUCCCGUCGAUCCAAUGAGACUACGAGGACCCCACGGUCCGUCAAUCGGAAGGCAUUGGUUGAAAAGGUCCAAGUCGUUGUCUCCGCCGAACCAGGAUCAGCCUCCAAGUCACCGGACAGUGAAAGCAAAAAGGCCAUGGCCGCAAAUGGUCUUGAUUCGGAUGCAGACUCAGAUGCCGAUGCUGAGGCUGAUGCCGAGUACGAAGUUGAUGGGGAUGUCGUGAUGCAAAUAUGA